AUGUUCAUGUUUCGCAGCAAGAAGACAAACCUCACUAAACGCCUGGUAAAGGCCAGAAAACGGAGAGGCAAUGAAGCCAGGCGUACGGUUGAGGAAGAAGCGGAAAUUGGCGUCGUGAACCUCUUGAAAAGACUCCAGGAGAACCAACUCGAGAUGCUCCUGCGAGCGAUAGAAACCAGAGGUCAAGAUUUGAGCCAUUGCGUACUGUUGCCGCGGACACAAGGAGAAGAGCCACACGUGUUGUUCUGUCAAACGUGGAGAUGGCCAGAUUUGAGAAAGGGCAGCGAACUGAGAAGGUUGCCGAUGUGUAGGUCGGCAUGUGAUCUUGUCUAUGAUUGUUGCAAUCCUUACCACUGGAGCAGAUUGUGUCAGCCUGAAAUACGGCCACCUCCCUAUAGUCGAAUAAAUAUGGAACGAUUAAAACCUGAAGAUCGUGCUCCAAGAGAAGCCCCUCUAGUUUGUCGAGAUUCCUAUCCUGGUUCGCUUACAACGAACGGAGAUUCUGUGAAUCCCCUGGAAUGGUGUAGGCUAGCUUAUUGGGAAUUGUCUAAUCGAGUCGGUCCACUCUUCCCUGUGGAGCCUCCUGCCGUGAAUAUUUUUGGAAACGUAUCCCAUCCCGAUGGCCUUAGCUUAGAAACCUUAGCUCGACAUAGUUUUAGUCCUCCCAAGUCAACGGUUGAAAAAGCUAGGUGUAAAAUUGGUUUAGGAGUAACACUAUCUCGGGAAGAUGAGUGCGUCUGGGUAUACAAUCGCUCGGACAAUCCCAUCUUCGUGAAUUCCUUGACUCUGGAGGAUUCAGAUUAUCUCUCACCUACUAAAGUACCUGCCGAGCACUGCCUUUGUGUUUACGACCCCGUGAAGGCGGCUCAACAAAAUUUUGGAUGGAACUUCACCCGUCCGCACAUAGGGCCUAUCGAUACUAAUUCCAUAACGAUAAGUUUUGUCAAAGGAUGGGGCCCAAAUUAUUGCAGACAGGAGAUCGCGUCGUGUCCGUGUUGGUUAGAAAUCUUACUGGCUCCAUGUAGGUGAUUAAUAACCAUCCUGGGGUAUUUCGGGAGGAGGAUGGACUUUUAUUUUUUGGAAGGUGUACAAAAUAGACGUUCUAUUGUGAUUUCAGAAAUUUACCUAUUAAGGCUGAUACAUCUGAAAUAAAAUGCUGCUUUAUGCGAGAUGUAUAUGGUGGUUAAAUUUUGCUGUUCCGUCCGGUUUUUGUAUACAGGUUAUCCCGAUGACAAAAAUCAACGUCUGUUACGUAUUUUUGUCGAUAAGCAGCUCAAUAUUUACUAAUAUAAAGAACAAAUAAUAAGGAUGAGAUAGGAGUUACGUAAUGUUCUAUUUAAAUUUCAUAGUUACAUACUAACAUAAUACGGGAUCUGUUUCUCUCGCAUUUACGUGUUAAACUAUAUUUUAAUAUUUUUUCUUUGUGUCGUCUUAGACGUUUAUUACUGUCAUAAGGAUAAUACCUACCAUAAAUGUAAAGAGUAACUAUAAGGCUUCUUCAGAGGCUUGUUUAGUCCCACAGGUUUUGAACACUGUGAUCGAAAUCCAAGCAUUCCUAAGACACACUAAAUAAAACACUGUACGUAUGUUCCGUUACAAGCAUAUUCUUUUGGAAUACUUGGGUUUCCAAAAUAAUUCAGAAUAAGAUUGUAAGGAGCUUGAUAUCCACCAAAUAUUUUUUUCAUUGACAAAAAGUUAAGAAAUUGACUAAACCGUCUCAGAUUGAUUGUCAAUUCUGUAUAAAGUAUGUCACUGGGGUUCACAAGCUUUUUCUUAUUUAAUUUAAAAUACAUCUCGGGUAUCACCAUAUGGAUUUAGAAGAAAAUAACUACAAAUAUACAACAUAAAAUAAUUAUCAACCAUUAAACAAUCCUUAUUAAACCAAACAACAACGUAGUUCUUUUAAACCAAAAAAUUAUAUUCACCGUGGGGCUCUUUUGCGACAAGACUAGACAAUGAAUGUCAGAAAUUACCUAAUAAAGCCCUAGUGACAUUACAUGAUACAGAAAGUAUCACUUUUAAAAAGUGAUAGUCUAAUUUAUUGUUAUAAAACUGACUCUACGGACUCUACUAAAGAAUCUUAUCGUGUUUUCAGUACUCGCCUUAUACAUUUUCUAACGAUUUUAGUAAUACAAACUGUAAGUCUAAAAUUUCGAACAUACUGGUAUAAAUUGGCGUGACAAUUUCGUAAACAUUGGAUCUAUUUUUGGUAUUCAAACGUUUAAAUUUUGCUUCAGAAAGUUUAUUUUACAAUAUACAGCAUUAUCGUGAUGAACAUUUUUACAAAUACACAUAUUUACAAUGUUUAAAUGUUUCUGUAUGGCAUAGCCUUGUGUAAUUAUAUAAUAAGGAAAGAUAUACGUUGGCAAAAUCUGAAAUUUACUGCAAUAUCAUCUGACAUGAUAGUAGAAUAUUGGACUAUCACGUGGAGGACAAGUUCUAUAUUUGGUAGGGGUGAAACCAUCUAUAUAUUUUUAAAAUUAUCCAAAUCGACUCAAUCUCAUUAUGGCCUGAGAAACAAUUUAAGUACUUAUUAUUAUUUAAGAUGUGACCUUUUAGGAGAAUUUUGAAGAUACCAUGAACCGAUCAUAUUACGAACGAAAUGGUGUUGCACAGAAUAAGAAAAGACAGAGAAUUUUUGACCACUAUUAAAAGGCGAAAGACAGCAUAUUUGGGGCACAUACUGAGAAAUGAUAAGUACGAGUUGUUGCAGCUGAUUAUGAAGGGUAAAAUCGAAGGAAAAAGAGGUCCUGGUAGGUAAAUAUCCUGGCUGAAAAACAUUCGCGACUGGACCGGAGUAAACACACAAACGCCUUAAGAAAAGCAGAAGAUAGAGUCGAAUUUGCAAUGGUUAUAGCCAACCUUCAUUAGUGGAGACGGCACUAGAAGAAGAAGAUUAUUAUUUGUUACUGAUAGAUAAACAGUUGAACCAGAUAUCCUGAAAGUACUGGUAGAUGAAAUCAAGUGAGUAAACCAUGCGAAAACUGUGGGGUUUCCUAUGGAAAUCUGCAUGAAAAUUAAAUUUUGUUUUAUAAAUAAAAUCGCAUGUUCUGUGACAAAACUUUUUCCUUAUAGAUGAGGCAAUGCAGCAAUAAACUUACCAUUUUUUUGCAGUUGAAUGGAUACCAAUGCCACUUGUUGUAUUCGGUUCGUAUGAGUGUCGGGAAAUUUUGUGAACUAAAAUGAUAAUGUAGAAAUGAAAAUUGCCUUUUUUGAACAAGAAAAAUACUACAGUUCUGUGGAAAUUUGAUACAAAAUCAGUGCAAACUCGUUACUCGGUGGUUUCUGGGGUCGCUGAUUACAAAUAUCAUGAUGCACAAACUUUAGGAUACGGGGCACAUUCUUAACACCAGGUACCAUAGAGACCAUCGCUGAUAUGAUAUUAGUGUUUAGCGACCCUAAAACCCAUGAGUAUCGAGUUUGUAGCUGUCUCGCUCACCAUCGCCGACAUGAUUUGAGUUGGUAUUUUCAUAAUUAUUGAUGCAUCUUUUCAUUGUACUCUGUGUUCAUUGUCCUAGGCAUGUUUGCACACCUCUGACUAGUCGAAGUCUCUGCUUUUUAUGUAUGUUUUAUGCUCGUUUAUCCUGACACUUAGUGUUCUUGCGGUUUCUCCCACAUAAAAAUUGUUGUAUUGAUAGGACAUUUUAUAGAUGCAGUUCUUUGAUCUUUCUUCCGUGUUGUUGUUAGGUUUGGUUUUUAAUAGGAUAGAUCCUUGCAUUGUCAAAUGGACAAUUUUCUUUGCAUAUGUUUCAUCAUAAAAUAUUUUUUACUGGGCUAAUCUGCACGUAUGGGCAAGCUUUUUAAAAGAUUCCGAUUGACUGGUAAACUUACUAUUUACACCGAGUGGGUAAUGACUCAGGAAGGCGAUAUACCCUACUUCAGCUGAUCAUGCAGGGUAAAAUAGACGCAAAGAGAUCGAGAAGAAGGAAAAUCUCACGACAAGGAAACCUCCGUGAAUAGUUUUGCGGCAUCCCCAUUGAACUGUUUAGGUGUCAGCAUGAAUAAUAAUAAUAGCUUAAAUAUUUAACGUUUGGCUAGAUAUGGCUCUAUAAGAAGACAAAGCAAGACAAUGAACUGUAAAGGCCCACAGGCACCAUAAGUUUGUUUGCCUUGUAAGGUGUAAGUCUUAGAAAUAGUGGACAGUAAGUAUAUAACUUAAAAAUGUUUCCUCUUUUGUCUAUUUGGGCAUCCCUGACCGCCUUUUAGUCCUUGCCAAUUGCGGAGAAGACCUUCAAAAUCUAAUGAACAAAAUAAAACAGACUUGUGAUCAGUAUGGAUUAAAACUCAACGUUAAGAAAACUAAAUAUAUGAUAGUUA